CCAGCAACCCCGCAGCGCUGCCUGCCGGAGAGUGGGGCGGCUUCCAGUCGAGAGAUGGCGGCCACCGCGGGCAGAUCGCUGCUGCUCCUCCUCCUCUCCCGGGCUCCCGGCGGCGGAGGAGGGGCGGCGGCGCUGACAGCCGCCGGCUGCUUCCCAGCGCUGGGCAGGCACCGCCAGCAGCAGCAGCAGCGACACAGGACGGCGCACCAAAGGCUUCUGCCGUGGCAAAGUAUGAAUGUGGUCUAUUGCAGUACUGUAGUGCCCUCUGAUGAUGUAACAGUGGUUUAUCAAAACGGGUUACCAGUGAUAUCUGUGAAUCUUCCAUCCCGCCGUGAGCGUUGCCAGUUUACACUUAAGCCUAUCUCAGACUCCGUUGGAGUAUUCUUACGACAGUUACAAGCAGAGGACCGGGGAAUCGACCGGGUCGCAAUCUAUUCACCAGAUGGCACACGAGUAGCCUCUUCAACAGGCAUAGAUCUUCUACUCCUUGAUGAUUUCAAACUAGUAAUUAAUGACUUGACUUACCAUGUUCGUCCACCAAAGAGAGACCUUUUAAGCCACGAAGAUGCGACCACACUGAAUGAUGUAAAGACACUGGUUCAACAGCUGUACACUACACUAUGUAUUGAGGAACACCAGCUGAAUAAAGAGAAGGAACUAAUUGGACGGCUAGAAGAUCUCAGGCAGCAGCUAGCUCCCCUGGAGAAGGUUAGGAUGGACAUCUGCAGAAAAGCGGAAAAGAGGACCACCUGGGUGCUGUGGGGUGGGCUGGCUUACAUGGCCACUCAGUUUGGGAUUCUGGCCCGACUUACCUGGUGGGAGUACUCUUGGGACAUUAUGGAGCCUGUCACCUACUUCAUCACAUAUGGUAGUGCCAUGGCAAUGUAUGCAUACUUCGUAGUAACGCGCCAGGAGUAUGUAUACCCAGAUGCAAGAGACAGGCAGUACUUACUAUUUUUCCAUAAAGGAGCCAAAAAGACACGUUUUGACCUAGAAAAAUACAAUCAGCUCAAGGAUGCUAUUGCUCAGGCAGAAUUGGAUCUUAAGAGGCUUCGAGACCCCUUGCAGGUGCAUUUGCCUGUUCGACAAAUCAGCGCUAAAGACUGACUAGCUGAGAUCCUCUGAUCCCUGGCAGAAAUGGCAAACCUGUUCAUAGCUCUCGCCUCUUCAAUUAAAGCAUUUGCAGGUGGAAGCUGGGAGGUCACAUGGGGGCAGAGGGCUUUUUAAACAGUAAAAACAGAACAAGGGUCUUGGCUGGGGAGGGGGCACUGUGUUCAAGAUCAGGCACUGUGGGAUGUUAAGUCUUUUCAAAGGGCUUGGCGAAUAUUGUCACAUUCAAAUGUUUUUUUGUUUCUGGAUGAAAAAAUGCAUUUAAAAGUUGGGCAUUACCAUGAACAGAAUGCUAGGAGGGACCUAUAUUUCCAGCUUUGCAGUGUCUGCCUCUUGAUGAUGCACCAGCAGCCUGCUCAGCUUUUUUUAAAAAAAAAAACCUAUUUCAAAACACCAAUAACAAUAGUGCACCAAAAAAAAAAUGAAAAAAAUCAAGCCAUCUUAAGAAACUGUGGCUGGUGAUCCAAACUAGAGCUCUGCCUUCAUUUAACGUAUGCUCCAGAUUGGGCCUCAUUGGCUUCAUCAACAUGCACUCUAGGUUGGACCUAUGAUGUCUUUUAUAAAAUUAAUGUGAAACCACUUUUUAUUUUAGGAAGAUCAGGAGUUUCCCCUCCCUGCUCACAUACUGGCAGCCAGAUUUCCUCCUUUUACUAGAUGAUUACAGUAUUGAUCAGUUUUAUCAGAACCACAAACUAAAUAACUUGUUCAGAACAUUUGAUAAUUGACACUGCAUUCUUCUUAAAUACCUUCAGUAGAUCCUACUGCCCUGGAUCUACUUCUAGAUAUAAAUGGUGAUGUUGCAUGAAACAAUUUCUUACUCAGUCUUAUGGGAGCAAAGUCCUCACACACAUACCCCGCCACCCUAUCCAUCCCAAAUCUGGUAGCAACCUAGAUUACCAAAUUAAAAGGGUGUGUUUUUUUUUUAAAGGGGGUGUGUGGGAUAAUUUUAAAAAAAUGGGUACUUAGCUCAAAAUCAUGGCUUUCUAAUAAAGCAGUAUAGAACAAGGAUAAAUUAAAUUUUAUGUUGGUGUAGCAGAAUGAAUUAUGUGUCUGUGAGAUUGCCUGGCCUGAAGGCUUUGUUACAAGCCUGAAGCAGAAGACAAAUGAAGAAUUCCAUGCUGAUUCUCAAGCCCUCUUUAAGUAGCUUUAAACGAAUGCUCAGAUGCUUUAAGGGUCAGGGUUUCUGUGGGGUGACAGAUAGCAAACCCCUUUCUUAUUUAAACAAUUAAGGAAAUGGCUCUCCUCACCCUCCACCUUUACUAACCGGCUGAUUUUGUUCCAUGUGGGUUUUGCAUCCUGCACUGAGUAGAAUCAGCCUCUUACCAUCCUGUUUGAUAAACACCAGCAAGGACAGGAUGGAGGUUGGAGAAGGGAUCUGAGCUUAAUUGGCAGAAAGGGCCGGGUGUUUCCUUUCAGUUUGCUACUUCUCACUGUGUCAAGGCGAGAGGCUCCCACUUUCUGGAGAACCAUGUUUUAAAGUGUACAAAAUAAAUAUAAACCAGACGCCAGGUGCCUUGCAGAUGUGGAAACACAAGACGGGAUUGUUGCCGCCGCCUCUCCCUCGAUGGCAUGUCGGACUGAAUGGAUGCAUGUUCCAAGGUGUUCUUCUCUCCGCACUUUUCCUCCUCUCUUGUUUUUCCCUCCCGUUUUCAGUUCUGUUUUGGAUUUUGUUUCUCUUUUGGUUCUUUUUUUUAAAAAACAAUGAUCGGUUCAAUCCUCUUUGUAUGCAGCAUUUUAAAAGGAAGAAAAUGAACAGUCUUGUAAGCAGAAUCAUUUGUGUGUGUUUGGGGUGAGGGAGGGGGCAUGGAGAAAAGUCCUUAAAAAUAAAAUACUGAACAUGUGUACAAUCCUGUAUCAUUUAUUAAAUAUGUAUAAAAGAGCAAUGUACUUCUGGAACAAUAAAUAACUAUUCAGUUUUUGAA